AUGUCUGAACGCAAGGUUCUUACGAAAUACUAUCCGCCAGACUUUGACCCGUCGGCUAUUACACGCACUCCCAAGCAUUUACGCGCAACGGGUCCCAAAUUACUGACCGUUCGGUUGAUGGCCCCGUUCAGCCUAAAAUGCACCAAUUGUGGCGAGUAUAUUUAUAAGGGUCGGAAAUUUAAUGCCAGAAAAGAAACUACAGAUGAGCGCUAUCUCAAUAUUCCUAUAUACCGAUUCUAUAUCAGAUGCACUCGAUGUUCUAGUGAAAUAACGUUCAAAACGGACCCGAAGAACAUGGAUUACACCUGCGAGAAAGGCGCUAAACGAAAUUUUGAGCCGUGGAGAGAGGCUAAAGGAAGUCAAGUUCACGAAACUGAGGAGGAAACUCUGGACCGUCUGGAAAGAGAGGAGAAUGAAGCUGAAGAAAAAGCAGAGAGAGACAAAAUGAUGGAACUUGAAGAAAAGAUGUUAGAUUCAAAGCGGGAGAUGGCAGUCGCAGACGCAUUAGACGAAAUACGGACAAGAAAUGCGCGAAUAGAACGUGGCGAAAAGGGCGGGGAGGAAUUUGCAUUGCUUCGUGCGAAACAGGAAGCAGACGAGGCUCGAGCCAAAGCUGAUGCGGAUGAUGCCGAACUGGCGCGUCAGGCAUUUACGACAAAAGAUGGUGAGCGUAUACGUCGGUUGGUUGACGUCGAAACGGACACAGCAGAUUCUACCCUAUCGAAUUCUACUGAAAUGCCGCCCCCUUCUUUUACCAGAGUAAAGAGACCUAAAAAGGUAUUUUCAGCCGACCUAGGAAUCAAAAAGAAGACACCCCUGGUAUAG